AUGGAGAAUAUGGGAGAUUCAAGCAUAGGGCCGGGUCAUCCACAUCUCCCUCCCGGGUUUCGGUUUCACCCGACCGACGAGGAACUAGUUGUUCAUUACCUCAAGAAGAAAGCUGCUUCCAUUCCACUUCCGGUUUCAAUCAUCGCCGAGAUUGAUCUUUACAAGUUCGAUCCUUGGGAGCUUCCAAGCAAGGCAAGUUUUGGAGAGCACGAGUGGUACUUCUUUAGUCCUAGAGAUCGGAAGUAUCCGAAUGGGGUUAGACCAAACCGGGCAGCAACUUCCGGUUAUUGGAAAGCUACCGGAACGGAUAAACCGAUAUUUACGUGCAAUAGUCACAAAGUUGGCGUCAAGAAAGCACUUGUUUUCUACGGUGGCAAACCUCCUAAAGGGAUCAAAACGGAUUGGAUCAUGCAUGAGUAUCGUCUCACUGAUGGUAACCUUAACGCCGCAGCUAAGCCACCUGACUCAGCCACCACAAGAAAAAACUCACUACGGCUAGACGAUUGGGUUCUUUGUAGAAUCUAUAAGAAGAACAGUUCACAAAGACCAACGAUGGAGAGAGUGUUACUAAGAGAGGAUCUAAUGGAAGGAAUGCUCUCAAAAUCAUCAGCUAAUUCAUCUUCCACAUCGGUCUUAGACAACAACGACAACAACAACAACAAUAACAAUAACGAAGAACACUUUUUCGAUGGUAUGGUCGUUUCCUCAGACAAACGUUCCUUGUGUGGUCAGUAUCGAAUGGGUCACGAGGCCUCAGGAUCGUCUUCAUUCGGAUCUUUCUUAUCGAGCAAGAGGUUUCAUCAUACGACUGAUAUCAACAAUGACAACUACAAUGUCUCUUUUGUCUCAAUGCUUAGUGAGAUUCCUCAGAGUUCGGGGUUUCAUGGAAAUGGAGUUAUUGAUACGACUGAUCAUGGGGUUUUAAGGCAGGCGUUUCAGCUUCCUAACAUGAACUGGCACUCAUAA